CAUUUCUUCCCCUCCGUCAUCGCAACAAGUUUGUCAGAGGAAUUUCUCUCGCUGGUCCUUCUUUCCUCCCUAGGUAGAUAGCCAAUGAAGUCAUUGUUUCUUGCACGUCAUAUUCGAACUCAGUCGCACCUGCCGUCGCUUUAUCUGCACCGCGCCUUCUCACCUCAACCGCAGCUUUCGAUCCUAAGCUCGUCGCCGACCCUCUCGCCGAUCAACCAACAGCGCCAUAUCUCCUCACUCGCACUGUUCGAAGCCAUGCCACCCCCACCGAGACGUCGAGGUGGCGGCCGCGGCGGACGUGGUGGAAAGCGACCCGGAUCGCCGUACACGGUACGCAACAUGAGCGAUGGACGACCCCCGCGUGCCACACAGGAGCAGGGCCAGGAGCCCCAGAUUCGCACGGCACCUGCAGAUUCAAAGCCACCCCUUGUGGUUGAGGGUCAAAAGCCUUACUCGGAUAUGAAAGGCAUCUUGCACCCUGGCUUGUUAGAAGGAGUCGACGCAAUGGGCUUCAAGUUCAUGUCUCCGGUACAGGAGAAGGUGUUCAGUGAACUACCAUCGUUAUCUUCGGAUUGCUUGGUGCAGGCCAAGACCGGUACGGGUAAAACUGCCGCUUUCCUGCUUCCCGCCAUACAGAACCUUUUAUCUGGGAACAAACCGCCCCGCGGCGGUGUUGCUAUUCUCGUUAUCUGCCCUACGCGUGAACUCGCCCUACAGAUCGCCAAAGAAUGCCAGGAUAUCACAGCACGCCUUCCGCAGAAGCUCGAGUGCCACACCGCCUUUGGUGGCACUCAGCGCGCGUCGAGCUUGAAGCGCUUCAUCACUGGCAACCCAAGCAUUUUGGUUGCUACCCCAGGUCGCCUUGACGACAUUCUGGGUGAAAAGGAAGUCCGAGAGAGGCUUCAGGGGCUUAAGACGCUGGUGUUGGACGAAGCCGACCGUAUGCUGGAUGCUGGUUUUGCACCGGCGAUCCACAAGAUCUUGAAGCGACUCCCUCCCAAGAGCGAUGGCUGGCAAGGCAUGUGCUUUUCAGCGACUCUGCCGGAACGCGUGAACGAUGUGGUCAAAUGCGUGCUUUUCCCCGGCUAUACCUCGCUCUCCACCGUCGACCCCAAUGAAGCCCCGACAGUCGCUCGUGUGCCCCAAUUUUCUGUCUCUUUGACCUCGAUCAAGCAAACUUUUGCAGCUCUGCUUGCGGUUCUGCAGAAGGAACACGAGUCCAACCCGGAUGACUUCAAGGUCGUCGUGUUCGGCACCACCGCAAAUGGCGUAGGCAUGCUCUACGAUCUCUGCAAAGUUGCCCUCCCUCAAUUCAGGACGUUCGAACUGCAUAGCCGUAUGAGCCAGAACGCUCGGACGCGAACCACCAAUGAGUUCAAGGAAGCACCCAGCGGCAUCUUGAUUGCCUCUGAUGUCGUCGGGCGUGGCAUGGACUUCCCCAACGUCAGUCUAGUAAUCCAACUGGGUCUCCCCUCGGAUGCUGAACAGUAUGUUCAUCGAGUUGGACGCACAGCAAGAGCUGGUCGUGAUGGUAGGGCAGUCAUCAUACUGUUCUCCAACGAAAGUUUCUUCAUUCACACCAACCCGGCCCUGCCCAUCAAGCCAUAUCCGACCGACAUCGUGGCCGAGCUGCAAAAGUACCAGCCUCUGGUUGAGAAGUCUUUCCCGCGGGUUGACGAAGUUGCGAAGGCUAAAGCUUACCAAGCUUUCCUCGGGUACAACAAGACAUAUCUCAAGAAACUAAGGUUGCAGCCGAAGGAGCUGGUGCAGGUAGCUAAUGACUACGCGUACGCGAUGGGAUGCCCCGAGCCACCUAUGAUCGACAAGAAGGUCGUCGGCAAGAUGGGGUUGAAGGGCGUUCCUGGGAUAAGGAUCGGCUCGACAUACUGAUAGCUUGCUGAAUUAGAAGUGGUUGGCGCUUGGCAGCGCGUUCUCGAACGAAUAUCGGAUUCAUAGCUGAAUGCUUGGAUAUGAAAGCUGAGGGCCUGGCUUCGAUAUCAUACCGCGCUUGGAGCCGGCUGGAGGGUACAGCGUACCCCGACGAUCCACAACUGUAGGGCGGCUUGGUUGAGACACGCUCGGAAGCACUCUCGUCUCGCGCGAUCUAUCUAGACCGCCUAUGGCGCAACGCCCACGGGAGAGUCCUUGAUGCCUUUGGCGCAACGGUGAUAUGGCCCGAGCUGCCAACCGUCGUUGAUCCAUGCAACUCGAUGCUGAAUGUGGCGUUCAGCCACAAUUACUUCACCGCCCGGUUUGGGGAAGCUCAAACGCAAGGGAUGGGGGCGAAUGAGCCCAAGUUCGACUACACUCCAACAAAUUCGAAAAUUCUUUGCAC